GCCUAGCCAAUGACUAAUCAUGACUGAACUUCCUAGAUAUUCCACCGUAACUUGAAAAUAUUUUUUUUAAAACCAUCCUCCUAAUAUGGUUGAGAUUCCGCAGCGACCCAGAAGAAAUAUGUUCCCAACUUCCACUGCUCUCCUCCUCCUGUUCGGUCAAUGGAAUGGGAUGUGCAAACUGCACCAGGAGCAGGGAAACGUCCUCCCUCGCAUUAAAUGGGUCCAACAGCGAGUGAAUUCAGGGAGCGAGGUUUCAGAAAUGUGAGACAAAGUGGCGGGGAGGUUUAACUGGUUUUCUCUCUAUCCGCUCUACUUCCAGUCAGCAACUAUGGAACAUUUCCUCCUCCUUCUGAUAGCUGUGCGCAGUGUGACAACAACUUCCCGACCAAUGGACUUUUCCCCUUGUCAGACGAUAGAGUCAGAAGCAUUAUGCCAAAACAGGGGCCUUAACAUAAUCCCCACGGGUCUCCCCUUUAACAUAUGGAAACUGGAUUUAUCUGUUAAUCACAUUAAGAAGCUGAUGAUGGAGAAUUUGACUCUCUACAACUUCAUUCAACACCUGGAUUUACAGUCUAACCACUUGGAGUUUAUCCAACCAGGGGCCUUUGCCAGUCUGUCCCGCCUGGAGGUGCUUAACCUUGCAAACAACCUCUUGGAUCUCAGCAAACAUGGGCUUGGCAGGUUACCAUAUGUGAAAAGGCUGGAGCUGUCAGGCAACAGUUUGUACACUGGCAUUGUUGAGGAUUUUCUAAAAGAGGCGCCUGUGCUUGAGGAGCUAUCCUUAGCUAGAAACAGCAUCACAAAACUUUCAGACCACACAUUCCAAGGUUCCCCCUCUUUGAAGCACAUAGACCUGCAACACAACAUCAUCAUCGAGAUAGAGUCGGGGGCUUUUCAAUCACUUUCCAAUCUGUCUGUGCUCGAUCUGGCCAUGAACUCCAUACCCUGUAUCUCUGACUUUGACCUCAAGCAACUCCAAGUCUUGAACUUGAGCAAGAACAGCAUUGAGCACUUCCUCACGACUGAAUCUGAAGAGGAAUACUGCCUGCAAUGGCUGGACCUCAGCGAUAAUAAUUUGCUGUAUUUUCCAGUUUUUCCCAAGAGGAACCACCUCCAGCACCUCAAUCUGUCACGGAAUUCAAUCCAAGGGUUUUCCCCACCGUCCUCUCUUCUGGAAGGGAGUCCAAAUCAAAAUUUAACUAACGUGACCAAGUCUUCUCCAUCGCUGUACUUGACUGAGUUGGUCUAUUUGGAUCUGAGCUAUAACGAGAUAACUUCCAUUCCAUGGGACUUCUUCCGAAGCAUGAAUUCGCUGAGGUUCCUCAACCUGAGCAAGAACUGCCUCCACAGUUUUGUAAUCGGUGAGAUGAAUGUGCUGAACUCUCUGGUGGAACUUGACCUGAGCUCCAAUGCAUUGCUAAACCUCUCACUGGCCGGGAACAGCCUCAACUUUCUGGAAUAUCUGUACCUUCAAGACAACCACCUACAGAAUCUACCUUCCAACAUUUUCAGGGGUCUUUACCGAAUCAGAAUCCUGAACCUUCGUAACAACAAUAUCAGUGUUUGUCGGGGCACUCGUAGGCAUGAGGAACACAUGGAUGGGUGCGUGUUUUUCUCUAGAAUCAAUACACUUGGGCAUUUAAAUCUGCAGAACAACAACAUUAGGUAUUUGCCUCCCCAUGCAUUUCAUCAGACUCCCCUUGUGGAGUUGGACCUUUCCAUGAAUCCAGGGAUACACAUUCACCCCGAGAGCCUGUCAGGCCUGGAGGCCCUGUUGACCUUUUUGUCUUUGGAAGGCAAUGGGCUUCUUUCGUUGAGCAUGAACCUAUCACACUUUUCCAAUCUCAGAGCAUUAGACGUGUCUGAGAACCAGUUGACUGAGCUUCUCAUCACCAGCAAGAGCUCGACUUUAGAAAAUGUGGACCUGCGCAACAACAGUUUCACUGCCCUGCAGGAGAAGUCCAUAGAGAUGUUGAAUGGGACCCUGCGGACCCUGUUGCUCUCCGGUAACCCAUUCGAUUGCUGCCAGUCCACGUGGAUCAGGUGUCUGGCCUGGGUCAACAUCCUGGAUAAGUGGUCAGUGCUGUGCCGUUACCCAACCAAUGAUGGACACUCGCAAACGCAUCUGUUCGUGGCUCAGCCCAGCAUCUGCAAAGAGGUCACACAAGACUGGAACACGUGGAGUCUUUUAUUGCUAAUAUUAAUUAUUAUAGCCUUCUUUGCCAUUGUCAUAAUUCUGGGAUGUUGCCUGGCACGAAGGCAGAAGGUCAAUGGGAUAUUCCUGCACCAUGUUAAAGCCUAGGCAAUGGACCUUUUUUUAUUUUCUUUGUCAGUGUUUAAAUGAAGGGAAAUGAGGAGAAGAAAUGUUUUAUAUAAUCGAGCUCAUAUCUCACGGCCAUCACAACUCAAGGUUUUUGUAAAGAAAGCUAGUUUGGUGCUGGUUUCUCUGACCUUGAUAACUUGGCUUUCUCCCCAAGAACUAGAGAUUUUCAGUAGUUGCCAAUUGACAGAAGCUUAAUUGCUCCUUAAUUGACUUCAGACUGUGUCCCUUUUAGAUCAUUGCUCCGAGAUUACUUUCUCCACAUGGUAACUCUGAGAACAGUGGCCUUUAAAGGUGGGAGCCAGGUUAAACAUGGAUCCAUCUAAGCACUUUAAGAUCAUAACUCUGCCCCAGACUCAAGACUACCCAUGAUUAAUAGCAUACAGGAGAUCAGGUAGCAGAUUCAAUAGCAACUUUCAAAAGGGAAAUGGAUAAAUACAUGAAGGAAAGAUGUUUACAGGGCUAUGGGGGAAGAAUAGAAGAGUAGAGCUAAUUGGACCACUCCUUCAAAAGACCGGGCACUAGAAUGGUGGUCGAAAUGGCCUCUUCGGUGGUUUAUCAUUCUACAUUAACCAAGUUCACCCAGCUUGAUUGUUUUUAAAAAUCCGUUAAACGAAAUUGUUGCUCAGUUUGUGAUGAUCCACUGGGAAUAGACUAAUGCAUAAAGACUAGAGGUUCCUAAAUUCAGUUUUUUGCUGAGUUGACCAAUCUCAAUCUUGGAUUCAGCUACAGAAUUGUUACGGGGCAGAAGGAGGCCAUUUGGCCCAUCGUGUCUGCACACCCCCUCCCGCCCCCGCCUCCCCCCCCCCAAAGCCCCACAGGACAUGAGAGAAAAAAAUUUCUUGCUUUUGAUCAUUAGACAAAGACCAUGAGGGAAUGGGCUAUGCAGAUUGAGUUGGGUGGAUGAGAGUGGCAGGAUUCUCAUGUGGAGUAUAAACCACCAUGGGCUAGUUGGGCCAAAUGGCCUGUUUCUGUACUGCACACUCAUUCUAUGACUUUUUUCUGCAAAGUGUCUGUGGAUGGCAAUGAUCUAUGGAUGCCCCCACAGUCAAAUUGCCUACCCGUACUCGGUACCUAGGCUUGCAAAAAUGAAGCAUGAAAUAAAGGAGGAUUGCUAGCAUUCCCCGUUUCACCCCCAAAGGCAUUGUACUACAAAACUCAGCAGAGAAGAAUAUUUGAGGAAGGAAAAUAUUUAGUGAAGUGAAUCACAUUAUGUUUCACCUGAAAUACAUGCCAAGGGGGAACUACAGUAUAGGGGAUAUGUUACUGAACUAGUAAUCCAGAAGUCUGGACUAAUGAUCCAGAUACAAGAGUUCAAAUCCCAACAAAACAGCUGGGGAAUUUAAAUUUAGUUAAUUAAAUAAACAUGGAAUGAAAAGCUAGUCUCAGUAAUGGUGACCAUGAAACUACUAGAUUCUCAGAAAAACCCAUUUGAUUCACUAAUGCCCUUUAGGGAAAGCAAUGUGCCUGGCCCACAGCAAUUUGGUCGCGUCUUCACCUCCCUCUGAAAUGGCCUAGCAAGCCAUUCAGUUGUAUUUAAGAAGGCAGCUCACCGCCACCUUCUCAAGGGCAAUUAGGAAUGGACAACCAAUGCUGCCCAGCCACAGCUAAUGAAUUAAUUUAAAAAAAAAAUGGCUUAGUUAACCUGUGUCAGGAAAUAGAUGGCUUCAUAACCACCUUCUGCACGCUUUUCUUCCACUUUUUCACUCAGCGACAUAGACAAGGUGCUCGACAAUUGAGGUAGGGAAGCAUUUGGAUAGAUCAUAAUGAAGAAACCUCUUGAAUGAAGAAUCUAAGAGUGGGGCCAGGAAAUACAGUGCGAACAUCAAGCCAAGUUUGAAAAAUGAAGAAACAGGAAGCAGAUAAAUCAAGAAAAUGAUGGUUAGUGUGAUUUUGUCCUUGCGUUUAGGGAAGAGUGAGAAAGAUAGGGAACCCUACAGUUUACAAGUGCUGAAAGAAAACUAAUUGAGUUAGAUGUGGCAAUAAAUCUUGAUGCGCUUGGGAAAAUAUAGUUAACAAUAGAAGGAUAAGUAUUUCUCUAUUGUACAAAUGCUAGCACCCCCUCAUAGGAAUAGGAGGAGGACAUUCAUCCCCUUGAGCCUGUUCUGCCAUUCAGUUUGAUUAUAGCUGAUCUGCACCUUGCCUCCAUCUAUGUGUCUUAGUUGCCUCAAUGCCCUUUCCUAACAAAAAUCUAUUAACCCCCUUCCCAAGCCAGCUGCCAAGAGUAGUCUGGAUGUAGUCAAUCAUAUGAAUUGAUAAUGUGAACGUGCUCAUGUCACACCAUGUACAAGAGGAUUGGUAAUGUGCUUGCCAACAUCAUGAAUGUUAAACAAGGUGAGAUUUGUAAUCAUUGAGUAGACUGGUGUUUCAUCUGUGUGAUUGUUUCUAUGUUUUAAAUGAUAAGUAUUACUGUAAUGUAUUAUAUGAACAACUGACGAUGUGAGAGUUUCUUUUAAGACAACUUUACCAAUUCCUGACUUGAUAGCACACCUGACAGGAUACCAAUAUCUUUAUUGUUUGUGUAUAUUUUUAUUACAAUUGUGAAACAUCAUAACUGAAGGGGCAAGCCAUAGAGAAUAGAGAGCCACCAAGAUGGAAAUGAGUAAGAAGAAGAACUUGGAUAUAUAUAUUUUUUGCCUGGCUAAGGGGAAAAGGCAGGGGAGUUGGGACUAGGUGAGUUGCUCUUUCAAAGAACUAACAUGAACGAGAUGGGCCAAAUAGCCUCCUCCUGCACUGUAACCAUUCUAUGAUUCUAUAUCACCUUUGACAACCAUAGGACAUGUCAAGGUGGUUCAAGAAUCCAAGAAGUACUCCUGGAAGUGUAGUCACUUUCAUAAUGUAGGAAACAUGGCAGCCAAUUUGCACACAGCAAGCUCCCACAAGCAGCAUGUGAUAAAUGAUUAGAUCAUCCAUUUUUUUUUUCUUUUAGUGAUGCUGGUUGAGGGACAAAUAUUGGCUAGGACACCAGGGAGAAACUCCCUCGUCUACUUUGAAGUAAUGUCAUGGGUGGGAUCUUUUCUACCUGUCAUAGAGAACAGAUGGGGCCUCAGUUAACAUCUCAUCCAAACGGCUACACCUCUGACAGUGCAGCACCCCCUCAGUUCUCUUCUAGGAGUGUCAGACUGGAUUUUGUGCUUGAGUCUCUGGAAGUGGGACUUGAACCCUUGACCUUCUGACUCAGAGGUAAACCCUCAGCGUUGAAGGGCUUUGGGAAGCAUGGAUCCAAAGCUGCUUUUUUCCUCCAAGCUUCUGACUCAGGUGAGAGUACUACUGUUGAGUGAGGACUGGCAGUAACCUGUACGUCAAAGUUACAGAGGCCAUUCAGGAGAGUGAACACAAAAUUCCAGUUGAUUUGAGCUUAAAUAUAAUUAAUUUCAAAUACAUUUUCUGGUAACUUGACAAGUGGCGAGCGUAGCAUUGCCUGGGAUGGCCAGAUGGACUUUGAUUCCCAAACUAGGGGUUUUCCUCAACUUGUGCCUGGGUCAGUUGGAGACUGAUUGGUAGAAAUUAUCCUGCUGUCGGUGUGGCAGUAUACCAAGAGAAUUGGAUGGAUCUUGGCCAUCUGUUUACCCAGCAAUUCCUCUGUUCUGAUGUUAUGUAUAAUUUGGGUUUGAUCAGGUGAAUACUUCUGUUCCAAAAUAUCCGUCCUAUUUAGAAUGUGGGGGAUGGGGAAUGCAUGGGUGGCGACCCAUCAAUUUGAAAAUGGUUCCCAGAAGGAAAAAACAGUUUGGACCAGUGCUCUUAUUUCCCAGUUUUCACUGGUGUUGCAUUUUAAAGUAUACAAGACCAGUUCGGACCAGUAUUCUUAUUUCAUAGUUUUUACUGUUUUUUCCUUCUGAAAUGGCUUUUCCAUCAAUCUAGUCAUGAGAGUAAUUGAGAGUAACCUGACACUGUGCAUUAAAGCAUUCACAUGAUAACAUCGACUGUAAUCUCUAGCCUUCUGUGAAGUUCCUGUGUAUUUAGCAGUGUAAAGGUUAAUGCCUUAUUUAAGCUGUGAUUAAUGAAGAAAUAAAAGAAAAACCACA